AUGUCUAAAAUCAUUCCUAAAUUUAUAGAAACUAAUACAUACAGAAAAUUUCUUUUAUUUGAAGAAAAUGAUAAAAUCUUAAACAUUGAUGAUUUUAGAUAUGAAGAAAAUAAUGAUGAGGUCAAAUUUAAAGUUAUUAUAACUGAAGGCGAAUAUAAAGGACAAGAAGCUUUUUUGAUUGAUACAGAUAAUAGUUAUCAUAUAUAUUAUAAAGAUAAGAAAUAUAUGAUCAUAGAACCUGAUGAAUUUACUUAUGGUCACGGAAGUUACUCUGGUGCUGAUGGAACACAUCAUUAUCUUCUUUUGAUGUUUAAAAAUGUACAAUUGGAUGAGAUUCCAGAUGAAUUCACAUGUAAAUUCAACGGUAAAGAUAUUAAAAAAACCACAUGUUGUGGUAAAGAAUGUUUUGAUAUAACCGAUAUCGGUGAAUACAUUGUUUAUAAAGAUAGCAAACUCCAUCAACAUGAAUACGAUUCUAAUUAUAAAUAUCUUUUUUUUAUGAAUAAUGAAGAGAUUUUGAAUCUUGAUAAUUUUAAAUACGAAGAUGAUUAUAUCAAGAAUGUAUCACAGAUAAAAGUUUCUCUCUCUGAAAAACAUUCAGGAAAUCAAGCUUUCUUGAUUCAUAAGAAACACACAUAUAAAAUUUAUUAUAAUGAUCGAUUUUUUAUGGAAUUAGAACCAGAUUUAUACGAUUUUCAUCAUAUUAUAGAUACAGAAAAAGAUCGUCAUUUUCUUUCUAUGUCUUUUGAUGGUGAACAAAUUAAACAUGUUCCAGAAGAAUUUACCUGUAAAUUAAAUGGAGAAGAUGUACUUAAAACCUGGUUUUGUGAUACAAAAUAUUUUAACAUAAGUGAAAUUGGUGAAUAUGAUAUUUUCAAAGAUGGGAAAUCUUAUUGUAAGAUAAUUACAGAGAAAACUUGGAAUUAUCGUGUCGAGAAUAAGCAAAGGAAUUUUAUUAUUUCAUAUCAUUAA